AUGUCCGGAGUGCCUUUGCCUCUGAAGUGUGGAAACUCGUCGCUCGUCAGACAUCGCUUCUCCGAAAUCUUCUUGCACUCGACCAUCGUUCUGGAGUUGCCUUGCUCGGUUUUCGCCAUUUGGUGCAUCGCGAAUGUGACUCCGAAGCAGAUGUUUUCCCUCAAAAUCUUGCUGUUGCUCCAUCAGUUUUGGUAGGUUCUGAUCGUCAAAUCGGCCGGAAACGUGAUUUUUCUUUCAGGGUAACCUACUACAGCUUCAUCAUUAACGUGGGCUCGGUUCCGGUGUUCUUCUUCCCCGACAUUGUCCUUUACACGCGCGGCAUCUUCGACCGUCUGAAGCUGGACAUCAAUUUGCAGGUGUACUUUCUGGGCAUUGCGUUCGCCGGCCUCCUCUUCUCGAUCCUCGGCCUCUUUUCCUAUCGUCAUCAGUGCGUUCUUCACGACUCACAUCCCCUGAAAAUGCGAAGGACUACUCUGGCGGUGUUCUCGGGAUCUUUGCAUUGUCUGGCCACUGUUUACAUGCUCCCCUUUUUCUUGGGAGGACUGGACCAGAAGCUGAUUCUUGGGCAGGUGCAGCAGGUAUUCGGGGAAUCGUGCCGGGUUCAGAUGUCGAGUCGUUCCAGGGCUACCCGAAUCCCCCGUGUGAUCUCUGGGAUCCUGCCAUCUUGGUCAUCUUUCAUGGCGUCGACGGCAUCUUCAUCUACUACCUUUUGGUCGCCAUCGUCUCCAGUGCUCUCAUGUUUUUCUUCGUUUGGCACAGCUUCCACUCAAUCCGAAGAUCCCGCUCAAUGACGUCGAAAAGUACCAGAAAGAGACAAAUUGGAUUUCUCUACGCCCUUAUAUUCAUGGUAAGAACAGCUAGAAAAAAGGAAUGUCGGAACCGGGGCAAUUUAGGCACUUAUCCCAAACUUUCUACUCAUAUUCCCGAUUGUGGGAUUGGUAUUGGGAACAAUGCACUCGACUGCUUAUCAUUCAGGUCAGCGGGCACAAGUUCUGGUACAUCAGACGCCUAUUUCAGAGUACGGGGACAUAUUAGUGUGCUGUCUGUCCUUACACGGCCUCGUCUCCACAGUUACCCUCGUAAUGAGCCACAAACCGUAUAAAACGACAGCGGUGGCUUUUGCAAGGAAAAUUACGUUGCGUAAGUUCAUAAGUAUUCACACUCCCGCCGAGAAUGAUUUAUUUUCUUCCAGGAAAAGCUGUUCCUUCAAAAUCGGUCAUCCAAAUCGAAUUGAGCACAAAGUCUGCAAAGUUUUAGUAUUCAAACGUCACUUUACUUUCUGUCUGCAAUCGUAUUAUUGUGACUCAAAAACACUCAAGAACAGGCUGAAAACAAGGCACAGCUGACUUUCACUUCCAGCCAAUCACUUCGUUUACUUCCAUUUCCUAACCAAAUGACCCUUCUGCCCGAUUCGUGCAACAAUUCCUCCGAUGUGGAGCAUAAAUUUGAGAAGUACUUCAUGAACAUCUCCAUUUUCUUCGAAGUUCCGUGUGAUCUUCUGGCCGUCUACUGUAUAUGCAAACUCACUUCGAAACGCUUUUUGUUGGUGAAAGUGCUGCUGCUGAUUCAUCAGUUCUGGAUCGUAUUCUUCAGUGUUAUCAUUAGUGGCUUCAUUCAACCGAUUGUUUUUUUCCCCGUACAUUGCGUACUAUUCACAGGGUGUUUUCAGUUUUUUUGACAUGCCCCCUAAACUGGUACUUCUUCUGACGGGAACUGCAUUUGGAGGUUUGUAUGAUCCGUUCGAAAGCAACCUUUAGAAGAGUUCCGGAAUGUUUCACAAGUUGCAGGCAUGCUCUUCUCGAUCCUCUGCCUCUUCGCCUACCGUCAUCAGACCGUGCUUCCCGACCGACACCUCCUCAAACUGCGGCACUCUCGUCUCGUCCUCCUCUGUGUUCUCAUCCAGAGCAUGACCGUAAUCUACAUGCCACAAGUUUCCCUGAAUUGGCCGAUACGGCCGGAUGCCCUCAACAAACUCCAGAAUGCGUACUCCAAUCCGCCGUGUGACCUCUGGCACCCACACAUUUUCGUUUUCUGGAUGGGAGACGUCGAAGAGCUACUCGGCUUUGGCAUUUUCAUGCUUUUGUGCACCGUCGUGAUGAUGUUUUUCGUGGUGCACAGUUUUCGGAUCAUUCGCGUCUACGAGAGAAUCACAUCGAAGUCGACGAGAAAACGACAGAUCGGAUUCCUGUACGCGUUGAUUCUGAUGGCUUUCAUUCCGAACUUUUUCCUAUUUGCCCCAAUCAUGGUCUUCGUUCUCAGCAAUAAUGGCUCGAAUGCCUACGUUCCAGGUACCUAAGGAUUCCUUUUCAACACUGAUAUUUUCCAGAACUGGGCGACGCGGUCGUCUGCAUUGUAGGUUUGAACAGUCUCGUGUCCACGAUCACUAUGAUUCUGAGCCACAAACCGUACCGGAACGAGGUGUUGGCAAUGGGAAAAAAGGCGGUUUGGUGGAGUGAGUUAGCGUGGAGUGAACACUGGAAAUGACAAAAGUUUUAGUUUCAGGAAGAGAAAAGCUCAAGAGAGUGAUACAUUGUGAUAUGACAACGAAAAGUACACGAUUCUAGUUUCAUUUUGUAGCUUUGAUAUCACACAAGAAAGAAUGUCUUUCAUUUUACCGUUCAUUCGAAACGGUGUUUCUCAGGAGCCUGUGAAGAUAUUGUAAGGGAUCAGGAGGUCCAAAACCAUAGGUAAUCAACCCGUCCCUCAGGGUACCUCUUUUCAAUCAAAAGGGCUCAUACCUCGCCCUCUCUCGCCCACCAAGUCUCUCUCGCCCUUUCACCCUUCGAGCCCAUCCCCUGCAAUCCGAUCACAUUCCAGAGCGCCUCCGAUUUCCGGCUCGCCAACGGCCUCGCACGCCGAGCUGUAUUCAACUGUGGGCCGAGAAGCAGACUAUCAAUGCUAAUGAGUGCUCCUUCAAAUCUGAAUAGAACUUUGCAAUACGUGCAUACGUUUGUGGGAAGGUUCCCGGGAUCUAGACUGAGACUUUUAAUGAAUAAACUAUAACCUUUUCAAUCUCCAACAUUCAAAUACCAUGUGACUUGCGUGCUCCAAUUGGUUUUCCGCAUGACUUCAGUUCGAAAUGAGAGAAAUAUUUCGAGCAUUUGUUUGGCCGAAAGAUACGCCAUUAGGUUCUUUCUAACAUUCAUUUUUGCUCGAAAAUGAUUGAACACGACCAAGUGGACCACUUUCCGACUUGGUUCCUGCUGGUUGAGUCCGCUUCUCUCGUCUUGCUCUUCGUGCUCACUCUGGUUUCGUUUUUUGUGUACAUCAUCGAGAUACAAAUCAUAUUCUCGUACCGCAAGACCACUUUUAGAGGUGAGCCAGGUUUACGACAGUUUAUUUAUCAGUUUGGCAGGUCCUUUUUACCGUCUCAUGUUCGUCGGAAUCAUAGUUGAUAUGCUCUCCGCUGUCAAUCUGUUUACGGGUCAAGUAAUUCCAGCCAGAAAGUGAACACACUCGGCUGGUCCCUUAUUCGUAUCUCUGUCAAUUUUAGAUUCUUCGUCUCCUAUCUCAUUUCCAAUCAAAACUGGCUCGGCGCCAUUUUCUUUUUCCUCACUUACGGCGGUCGGUGUGUUCAAGGGGCAACAGCCACGAUUCUCUCGUUCUGCCGGGUCAUGGCCGUAUUGUCGCCCAUGGUUUAUCGAAAAGUUAUUCGAAAAAGAGUACAUAUUCAAUUAGCGCUCAAUUACAGUUGGCCCAACAAAACUACAUUUACGCCAUGCAAGCCUUCCAGUUAUCCGGCGCUCUGAUCGCCGGACUUCUUCUCUUGCCCGACAAUUAUGAGUACAUUUUCGAGAAUGAUGGGUCGGUCUUAACCAGUCUAAAAUUAGAAAGCAUUUCCGUUCAGGUAUUAUUCCGUAGGAUCGGAUGUUUCCGACGUCGAUUGGUUCUACGUGUUCGCGUCUGUUUUGGAGCUCAUUUUCGUGGUGCUCAUUGUGGCCAAUAACCUGGUCACGUGUUGUACAUUUCGGUUUAAGUUCCGUACAACUGUAGGUGUCAGAGAAAAAGAAUAGAAGAGAAACAACUUGAAGACAAUUUUAGAAGAAGAUAGUUCAAAGUACAACCAAUUCGGUUCUAGCGAGUCAGGAGAAGCAAAGAAGAGAGAGCAGUCUGGAUAAGAUGACAUGGAUCGUGUGUUGCGUGGAACUCAUCUACUUCGCCUAUAUCGUCUAUUCCCUCGUCAUCAAUUCGACGAUGAACAAGCGGGUUUUCUACUUUUUCUACAAUAUCCUCUGCAUCAUCUACUCCACCUUCUCCGCCUGGAUGCUUCUCAUCGUUUCAAAGCCAAUAACCGUGCAAUUUCAACAAAGAUUCUCGUACGUUUUCUGAUCUUUCAAAAACACCGUAAAACUUUAGAAACCUCGGCUCAACUCGUCAGAGAUCCAAGUCGAUUUCAGUUCAAGGAAGCCGUGAGAACAAUAUCAAAUGAUCGUUGCUUUUUGAUUCGACGAAUAAACUGCUGUCACCUCUUGCAACUUUUCCCACACUUACUCAUGCCAGCAUGCUUCUCUGAUUUCCUUGCAUGACUGAACCAAAAGCAUCAGGCUAGCGAUCAAAUCUCAGAGCUAAAAAUGGGGUUGAGCACAUAUCUUCUUCUUCUUUUUCUUCUUUUUAUCCUCAAUCAUUUCCAGAAGUUUCCGAUGAACAACGUGGUGUUCGAUGCGUUCCCCGAGUGGUUUCUCAUCGCUGAAUCCGUCUCCAUAGUGGUCCUACUGGCAAUUGUGCUUGUUUCAUUUGGGCUGUACUUUGUUGAGAUUCAAAUUUUGUUCACUUUUCGGACAACUACUUUCAAAGGUAAAUACCGUGAACACUGCUAUAUUAAAAACAAUACAUCUCAGCUGCCAUUAGAAAUAUCAAAAAGUAGUCAUCUGACAAACUUUUUAGAGAUACAUUCUGCACAUUUUAGCAGUUGAUAACGUCUUGAUAUCUUCACCGGCAACUGAGAUAUAUCGUUUUGAACGAACGGUAUUUGGGUGUCUUUCUAUUGAACAAGAAAUCUAAAGUCUGCAGGACCUUUCUACCGUCUAAUGUUUAUCGGGAUCCUGGUUGACAUGGUGUCCGCUAUCAACUUGUUCACCGGCCAAAUCAUUCCAGCCAGAGGGUCCGUCGUUUCAGUGGUUUUUGUCUUUAAAUCAAGACCUUCAGUUGGUUCGCCACAUUCUACUUUGCCAAUGAAAGUUGGCUCGGUGCCAUUUUCUACACAAUCUCCUACGGCGGACGGUGUGUCCAGGGCUGCACGGCCACAAUUCUCUCUUUCUGCCGCGUCAGCGCCAUCUGUUUCCCCGUCCUUUACCGUCAAGUACGUGUUCUCGGUGCCCUUCUCCGUCUCAUCACGUGCCCCCUUUCCAGCUGAACCAACCAAAGUACACCUACUUCAUGCAAACAUUGCAACUACUCGGAGCACUCGCCGCGCCGCUCUUGCUGCUCCCACGCGGGUAUCAGUAUACGAGCGAGAACGGAGGGUACGUGGCAUACGGUGCUCUCUUUUGGUUCUUUUUCAAAGUCCCUCUUGCAGGUACUACUCUGCUUUCUCGGAUAACUCGUUCCGAAAGCCGUUCUACAACUUUGUCGCAGUGUUGGAAGUGUUUUUUGUGUUGUGCAUAGUGGUGAACAAUCUCGUGACUUAUCUCAUGUUUCGGCUCAAGUUUGGGAAAGUGAGUGCGCUCCAUCGGACACGGAGUGGUGUGUGACAAUAUCAUCUCUUAUCAACUGCGUAAUAAACGGGCAAAGAGUGAUUGGGUUUUAGAGUUCUGAAAAGGGCAGUUUCACUGGAUGGCAAGGUUGGAGUAAUCAAGUGAUCCGCUUACUACAAGUUUGUUAGUUUGCAUUUGUUAUUUGUGGGUUACGGUAAAGUGCGCUCCAUUGCACAAGGGCAUUUUAGCGUAAUGGACACGCAUUUUGGAGUCCAGCAAGAUUUUAUGUGAUGCCUAACAGUUUACGUAACAGCAUUGCAGGGCAGAAUCACGAAACGGAACUCGAUCACGGCGACUCAACAUCAGGCGCACCGCGAGAAACAAAAGAGAGAGAGCAGCCUGGACAAGAUGACGUUCAUCGUGUGUUGCGUGGAACUCGUCUACUUUGCGUUCGUGGUCUACGCCCUCCAAAUCAAUCAGACGAUGAACAAGCGGGUCUUCUACUUCCUCUACAAUAUCCUCUGCGUCAUCUACUCCACCUUCUCCGCCUGGAUGCUUCUCGUUUUCUCCAAACCGAUAACGGUGCAGUUUCAGCAGAAAUUCUCGUAAGUUUCCGAGUGAUGUGGCAGUGAUGAUUCAUAAUUUUUCAGAAAGUUAUCAACGAGUCGGUCAACGCGAUCAAUAUCAAUUUCGGUGCAAGGAAGCCGUGAUAACAACAAAUAG